UUCCAACGAAUUCAUGUUUGACUAUCUUAGUAACGAAAAGUUCCACCGUUCCAUUGCUUCAUUGGAGAAUGGAAAACUUGAUUCAGUAAUGGAUAAUUUAAAAGAAUUAAACAACUCAAUUCUCUCGUCAUUGCUGAAUUUACAUCUUGUUGGAAGUUUUGCUAAUCUACCACAGAGUGAACAAAUUGGAAAAGCUUGGACAUUUUUGGAGAAUCAAAGGCCUAAAGAACAAUCAGAAUGCGAUCCAGAUUAUGGACAAAGCUGGGAUAAAAUUGGAGAGGUCAAUGCAAUUUCUGUCGGCGGUUCAGAAAGCGCCUUUUUGCUUCGCAAAGCCAAAUUCAACGAUGAUUGGAAAGGCGAAUCAACAAUGUCUGCUCUACUUCUUGCUCAAUAUAUCUGCCAAUCUGAAGGUCCUCUUUGGAAUUCUGUGCGAGGCAAUGGUCUAGCCUAUGAUGCGUCAAUCUACAUUUUACCAGACAGGAAAUCGAUCACUCUAAAUUUGUAUCGUUGCUCGAAGUUGAAGCAAGCUUAUGAGAAAACGCGCGAAACAGUGCUUUCUGUCCUUGAUGGAGAACUUAAUGAAGCCGAGUUUGAAGCUGCAAAAAGAAGUUUAGUUUGUGAGCUUAUAAGUGGACAAAGCACCAUCAAAUCCACUGCUACUUCCGCAAUUUUGGCAGUCUUUCGAAAUGUCAAUACGGAAUUUACAAAUUAUCUAUGUUCACAAAUAUGGAAUGCAACAAAAGAGGAUGUACUAAAAAAUUGCUCACCUGCGAUUAGAAAUCUCUUUGAUGACGAGAAGUCCGUUACAGCCAUAGCUUCAAAUUCGAGUAGGAAAGAGGAAAUCAAGAAGUUAUUUCCAAAAGUUAAAAUUAUGAAAUUAUUAGAUCUACAGUUGCCAGAAAAUUGA